AUGGCAUCAACAAUAACAAGCGACUCGCUCGUCUACGACCGCACCCGCGGCCCCGUCGGCGUCGAGCGCGUACACAAAUACCACUGGCCCGCGAUCCAGCUCAACGUGUGGAUGCUCAUCAUGAUUAUUGCCGCUUGCACCAUCAUCGGCGUGUUUGCGACGUUUAUUGAUGUGCAGAAUACUUUGUUGUUGCCUGUGCCUUGGUACUUCCCCUACUUCAUAACCGUCUCCGCCCUCACCAUCCUCUUCAUCUUACUUCUUCUGGGCCUCAUCUUCCAGCGUCGUCUGCUUCCCUCAAUCGUCAUGAUCGGCGGCUUCAUCUUAUUCGUGUUGUGGCUCGUCGGGCUUAUUGUCAUCAGCGUGCAGCUCUGGGGUCCCAACGGCAGCGUCAACUCGAACUGCAACUUGUUCGUCUUUGGCGCCGAACCCAAACCGACCGGCCAGAAUCUGGAGACGCUGGCCUGGCUCCAGCAGAGGAGUAUUUGCCAGCAGUGGCAUGCGGUGUUGCGUUUGGACUGGUGGGACCGUGUUUUUGGUGUGGAUUAUGGUUAUUGCUUAUCAGGUUUUUGCUGA